AAGUGGUUAACAAUUUUGACAGUCUCGAAAGUCAUUGUAACAACGCCAAACUCAGAAUGAUACCCAAAAAAGCAAUAUUCGUUUAUGUAUCUCUGUUGGUCGCUCUCUACUUAUGUAUCAUUGAUUCGUGUGAAAUUUACAAGUUUGUUGCAAGUGAAAAUCAAAAACUAGAGGGUCACGUGAUCACGACUGUUGUUCACAGUAUCGUCAAUUUAUGUUGGAAUGACUGUGUUUGGAUGUCAUGGUGCAUGUCAAUCAAUGUUCGUCCCACCAAUUACGGAACAGUUGAAUGUGAUUUGAAUAACUCAAGUAAAGGAGCCAAUCCUGGAAACUUAGUAUCUAGUCAGGGAUUCCAGUAUCACGAAAUGAAGGGAGUUAAUGAUCUUUACUGCAAGAUGAAUGAAUGUAAAAGAAAAGAAGAUUUGGGUAAUGGAUGGUUUCGAUAUGGUAAAGCAGCCAUCAAACUUUUUCAGGAACUGAAAAACUGGACCGAUGCUCGUCUUUUCUGUCAGGCACAUGGAGGGGACCUCCUGUCCAUAACGAGCUCACAUGAGAAUGACUUUGUGUACGAUGUAUUUGUGAAGAAGCUUAAUUUGACUUACGGAGAACGAGAAAUGAAAUUCCCUGAUGUUUAUUGGAAAUUUAACGGUUACGAGCCAGGAGUAAGUUUUCAUGGGACGUCAGGAGGUGCCCGAUACCUAUCACAUCAUGAUGGUGAAAAUGCACUGUAUUUCUCUGGAAAUGGUGGAUAUGCCAAGAUAGAUGCUGUACCGUUCAAUCUCGAGGGGUUUACAAUCACAAUGUGGCUCAAGCAUCUGAACACGACUGCUGGUUAUCCUUGUGCAUUUGAAGGUUAUUCGAGUAAUGGAUAUUUAGUAAUAUACAUUGGCACCAGAUCGGAGAAAUGUAUUUACUGUAAAGUCAAUGCUGCAACUCCAGCAACGAUGGAUAAGAGGAACUGCGGAUGCAUCAAAAAUAAGUGGUGCCAUUUUUCCUUCAUUUGGAAUAAAACAGAAAGUUUGUAUGGCCUCUUGAUCAACGGAAAAAAGUUUGAAAAUUAUAACUCUACGAGUCUGGAAAUAGUACCUACCGAUUUUGUAUUUGGUUCGUCUCGCAAACAUGAAGUUAAUAACUAUUUCCAUGGUUACAUCAAACACUUUAUGCUAUUUCACAAAUCAUUGAGCCUCCACGAAGCACAAACCGCCAUGUAUUGGCAUGAGCAAGGAGUAUGGAUUGGCCUGAAUGAUCAAGCCAACAAAAAUGCCUUUCGUUGGUCUGAUGGUACACCUGUCAGUCAGUUUAUGCCUCUGCCAGCCUACAAUCCCAAACCUGUGCUCUCUGGCAGAAAGUGCGUGGCAAUGAGAAGUAACAGGAUGUGGCUGGACAAACACUGCCUGGAAAAGAAGCCAUUUAUGUGUGAGAAGCCAGCGGCAUGAAGCACAAACUCUAAACAAAGCUAGUACUGCCAGACAUUGUUGGAAAAUAGACGUUACAAUAACUCGUUACUCAAACUAGUACUGAGAGCCAUUGUUGUAAAAUAGACGAGCUUUUUUUGGUUACAUAAAAACUCUAGCUUAAACUAGUACUGCAUCGAUCUCUUUCGGGCUUCAUUAAAGCUUGAAAGGGAAAGAUAUGGACUUUAAGAAGACAGAUUUCCUUAAAAUUGGCAUGUAUAAUGUUUCAUGUCGUCUUUAUCAAACCUUCUAUUUUGCGGUUGAUUCAUUCAAAACUUUGCACGGUUUUCCGCUAUGCUUUUUAAGUUCCAGCUCCUAAAACCAUACCUUUUCUCCAAGGUAUCCGUAACUCGUAAAACAUAUUCUACACAACUUUGUGUUGAUUGCUAUAUCAAGACAGAAAGUCUUCGUAAUAAGAAUAUUUAGAUUUUUUUAGCCGCCUUCUAUGAGUCUUCAAACUCACCACCAUUUCGAAAAUCAGAGAGAGUUGGAACGUGACGUCACGAAUGGAAACAACACUGUUCCAGCCAGAGGCACAAGGCUAACGAAAACGCAUCAUAGUGUCAUUUAGUUAUGGUCAUAUUAUCUGAUGUAUCGAAUGUGCAAUGCAAAGCAAAUAUCAAGUGUAGUCAUCGCUGACGAAUAAUAUGAAAUUAGGCACUGCCUAAGAGAGGGGAGUGGCAUUGUUUUAGCCACAGGGAGCCCAAUUUAGAUAAAAUUUAACGGUAAAGAUAAAAUCGGGGGAAAAAAUCGACUAUGAUUAUUUUUGCGUUUGAUAAUGAAAUCCAGUGCAAUGAUUCAAUCAAAAUGCACUACAGCCUUUCUUUCGCGCUAGUCUUUUCGACCUUGCUACUCUAAAAUAUGAAGUUUCCAAAAUAUGAAGUUUCUAAAAUAUGAAGUUUCCAGUCGAAAUAAUAUAAACACAAAAAAUAAUUCACUUACUAGACAUAAUAAUAAUAAUAGCGCGCGCCUUUGUUUUCCUAAAUAAUUCCCCUAAUGGUAUCUAAUGUUGCUCUUAUGGCAUAUGUACUCUUAUAAGGAAGGAAAUUAAAGUCGCCAUCUUUGAAAAAAACAACUCACUUUCAACCACGUUUUUAUAUAGUCUUUUAAGCCUCGAACUCCACAAAAAACUUGAUCAAAAUGAUCCCUGCAAUGGGGGAUUGAUUUUUUUAAAAACUCUUUUGGCCCUUCCUCGAAAAUUUCUUUGACCGAAAUUUUCGUGCCAAAAAAUUUGUUCGCUUGCAGAAAAAUUUCUGCCAUGUUAUGUCAAGGUUCUUGCCUGCGUAGGACUUGGGCAAAAACGAAUUUCGACGUUAUUUACUCUCCUAUACAGGAUUUUCGUAACGUGUAGACGACCCACCACCAGCCACCCAACAGGGCUAAUUCCCCCUCCCCCUUGGUGGCAAAAAUGGCGGUUUAUUAGAUUUUAAAUAAUGUUUAGAUUUUAAAGUGAUUGCGAUUUAUCUUUAAAUGUUUAUAAAUAAUAUAUAUAGUCUUUAA